UUGGCCUUAGAAGAAGAUCUCGCCGCCCUUCCUUGUAUCUGCAACCAGCAAUGGCGCUGGUGAUACGCUGGUACGACUCUGCUUGCCUGGCCAUCGUCGUCGGGGCCAUCUGGGCGUCCCUGUGUAUGAUCAGGCGGAGCGAAGGCGGCGGCCGUCGAGGGGUCAACGACCGAUCCGAGUACGAGAGUCUACUGAUCGUCGUCGUAGCGGACGGCGAGGCCGAGCUCCCCGAGAGGCGCCAUGUGAGCUACGAGCAGCUCUGGAUGAGCUGCUGGAGAGUCGUCCACCCUGCUUUCCUACUCGUCCUCAGAUUGGUCUCCAUGGCCACCAUGGCCGCCGUCCAGUCAUGGGACAUCGCCACCUACGACUCCAGCAUCCUCGUGUACUACACCGAGUGGACAUUUGCAUUAGUCAUCAUCUAUUUCGCGAUCGGAACUGUCAUAUCUGCUCAUGGCUGCUGGCUUUACUCAAAGAGAUAUAUCACACCAGACGAGGAGGCCGACAGAUUAUUUAAUGCUGAUGGUCACCAGAACCGUCCUGUGACUUUACCUUUGAGAACCAACAAUAACAUGAGUGCAGUAAGACUGCAGAGCUAUCAUGAACAGGAAGCUGACGAUGAAGGAGCUGGAUUUUGGGUUUAUUGCAUGCAACUUGUCUAUCAGACCAGUGCAGGUGCGGUAGUGUUGACGGAUGUCAUCUUUUGGGUUCUCAUAGUACCAUUUUUGUCCACCGCACAUUUUGAGCUAAAUGCUAUAAUGGGCUGCAUGCAUACUCUGAAUGCUGUGUUUCUUCUGGUUGAUACUUUUCUCAAUAACCUGAAAUUUCCAUGGUUUCGAAUGGCAUAUUUUGUUCUCUGGAGCUGUAUCUAUGCGAUUGUCCAGUGGAUUCUGCAUGCUUGUGGUUUUACUUGGUGGCCUUACCCUUUUCUGGAGCUCGAUUCUCCAUGGGCACCUCUUUGGUACUUGUGCAUGGCACUGAUACAUUUUCCUUGUUACGGAUUGUAUUGGUUGAUUGUGAGAGCCAAGCACUCAUUUUUCCCUAAAUUUUUUCCAAAUGCUUAUGUAAGGACAGAUUAGUGAGUUUCUCAGAUACUAAGCUAAGGUCUCGCUGUAACGAAAGUUCAGCUUCAUUGUAGCACAUGUAGAUUACAAUUUACGAGCAUGGAAAACUAUGCCUAAUGAAGCUGAUGCGAACCACAUGAUUCGAGAUGCUCUCUUCUUUGACACCAAUCACGUCAAAACACUCCAG